CAAAGGUCAUCAGGCCCUUUCUGGUCGCGCGCAGGGGCGCGCGUUUCCUACUAGUGGCAAAACCAUAGCGGAAAGCAUGUGCACCGUCAGAGACAUCGUUCUACAUGCCCUCGAUAAACCAAAUCUACACGCUCAGAAGCCUUGAUACGGACCAAUAUGUGUUAGAGAGGGGAUUCCGGAUGUGGCAGAUCCAACAGCCAUAACUGACGAGAUUCCAGCGAAGGGUGGCCUAGCAAAGGGAAGUUCCGCACCGGCUUCACCUCCACCUGGAUCCAGCGAGAGUUUUGCGCAAGGAAGGCAGACGUGGAAAUCAAGCAAAAUCAUGGUCGGUUAAAAUAGAGAUUGAUAUCCGACUAUCUAUGGCAAUUGUAACCGAUUAAGAUUAGUUUCUAGAUUUGUAACCUUGCCUCCCGACAUGGGUAGGCAGAGGACCCCCUUAUCAUCUCAUUACAUCUCAUAUCAUCAAUAUAAUCAGAUGGACAUAGAUAUUACGCCCUCGGUGGCCGAAUCUGGAUAAAGUCCCUGUCUAUGUCUUGCGUCACCAUCUAGUUCGUAGCUUGCGUACCUGUCUUCGAUAAUCUACUACCUUAGGCAUACCCCUAGGUAGACUGCCGACCAUAUUUUGUCGACAGUAGCACGCUAGAUAGGGGGUGUGCGUACAGCUUCCCAGCCGAACUAGAUGGUCAUCAUCCCUGACUUUGCGGUCGUGGCAGACGACCUCACGUUCAUCGUCGGCUAGACCACCUGAACCACCGGCUUCAACAGCUUCGCCGCCACGACCAUGGAGAAGGCACAAAUCCAAUCUGUGUCGAUCAGUUCUUCACCAACAUUGGCUACGGCUCCGACCACUCCAGCAACGUCUUUGACCAUGCCGACAACGUGUUGUCCACAUUCCUGUGCUACAAAUGGAGGCAGAUCGACAACACCGACCUGCUCGGGGCUAUGGAGCAAGUUGCUUGGCCUACUUGCUCUGACCAUCUGUCGUGUCGCAAUAAUGAUCGCUGCGAAGAAUGGCGCUACGACAACCGCAACCACUGUCAUGACCAUAUGUCGGAAAGCUCGAGGGCUAGACAAUUUUGUCGCCACUGACUAGAUUUCCAUCCAAAGAUAAGUGCACUUCUAAUAAUUUAUUUAUUUUUGGCAUAAUAUUCUCCAUAAUGUCCUUGACAUGAUUAUCCUUCAAACAAUUUUUUGGUUAGCCGAUUAGUUUUUUUUCUACAUGAGUUUUCCAGAGCUGGCACUGUCUCAGACUCUUUCCCACACGUGCACGAGAUCCGCCCUCUGCGUUCUGGGUGGUCGACAGUAGCUCUCUGGUAAGGUUGGCAAUCCUACGUAUACCUAGGCUCCACACCUCAUGCUCCAGAUUGUUGGUCGGACUAAAGCUGGUACAGCUCUAGGAUGAAUUAACUACUCGUGCUAACUUUAAUAUAACAUAAAAGCUAAAAUCUUAUACUAGUGCUGAAUUUUUUCUCUAGAGUUUAUUUGUACAUCAUAUACUACCUAUUCUCCAUAUUUAUUUUUCACAAGCUUGACUCAGUCAACAAGUAAUGCUCGGGGACUCGUUGACCAUUCACUACACUGUGCUCGAGGACUGCUUCAACCACUGAACACAUUUACGUUCUCAACCACGCUCAAGGAAUCGUCGACCAUUCCCUACGCUGUGCUCGGGAACUGCCCGACCACCAAGCACGUUUGUGUUCCCAAUCGCGCUUGGGGACUUGUCGAUCACUCCCUACGCUGUGCUCGGGGACUGCUCCAAUCACUCUUGGAUCAUAGCUUGGAGACUGCUCUGCUUGGUUACAUAUGAAUUUGAUUCAUAUACAACUAAGAGGUGUUACUUUUUUAGACCUUACUACAAGGCUUAUUUUUUGCAUUCCAGAAAGCUCAGGGACUACAUCAGUACGAUGCACUUGGUGGUGCAUCUCAGUAUCAGAUUUCUUAUGCCAAUUUUCAGACUCUGGUACCACGAGCCUAUGUCACCUACUACCAGGCUCGAGGACUAAGUGGUCACACUUCACUUAACGGUGAAUAUGCUUGUUUUUUUCAGAACCGAUGGUUUUCAUAAAAGUAAAGUGGGCACACAUCACCAGAAAAUAAAUCUUUUUUCUCAAAGAGCACCGUGCAUUCUUCAGACAACCUGCUUCUCCAAUAUCAACAGUGGUCGACUAACGCUUAAACUAGUUGAAUCCAACUGCAACCGCUCCGGAAAUGUUUCGAUUGGGUGAAGACAAUAAGAACACAAGUUUCAUUGGUUGGAGAAGCUUAAGAUGGUGUGUCACAUCACAAUACAUAGUGUUCAGAGGACUAGCUGUGGGGUUAUAACCCAUUAGAAGACGAUUCGUGGCUUGAUCGUUCUUUUCAGAGUUCUACGCAAGGAAGAUACACGUGGCGUGGUUGGUUAGAAUAGGGGGUGUGCGAAAACACAAGUUGCAGGAUAUCCCCAAAUUCUGUUCCAAUAAACUUCACUUUAUUCAGCCAGAUCGAAAGAGAAAAAGAAACACUGAAGAACCGUACCUUAGCCAUGGAUGCAAGUAAAGACGCAUAUACGAUCGACAAAUGACAAUGAAAAAGUUGAUCUGGCAAUUAAUUAAUUGCAGAACACAAGUUACAGAACACACAUCCAAAUUCUGUUGCAGAUUAGGCUCACACAGCUUACAACAAAACUACAAUUCAUCACAAUGCAAUGGUUUACAUCCAAAAGUUUAGCUCUGCAAGGCUCGAUAAAGCAAACAGAAAAGCACAUAAUAUACAUCAAUUGCCAGCUUUGCUUCUCUAUGUCUCUUGCUAUAUAGGCGUAUGUACAUACACACUACGUUUGUGUAAACUAAAAGUGCCGCAUCAGGAAAUCGAUCGAUAUCGAAGCAACUAGUAGCUUGCAAGAAUAUGGUGUCCGGCCAUCUCCUCCUCUCCGCCGGCGUCCUUCUCUCCGUCCUCGCCGCCUGCGCGGCCACCGUCGACGUGACGGCGUGCGCUCCAGGGCUGGCCAUCCCGGCGCCGCCAGUGCCGACCUGCCGUAUCUACACGGUAAGCCGGACCUGCGGACUCGGCGGGCCCUACGGUCCCGUCGACCCUUCGCCGGUGCUGAAGCAGAGGUGCUGCCGGGAGCUCGCCGCCGUGCCGUCACGGUGCCGGUGCGCCGCGCUGGGGUUCAUGAUGGACGGCGUGGACGCCCCCCUGCAGGAUUUCCGCGGCUGCACGAGGGAGAUGCAGAGGACCUUCGCUCGCAGGCUGACGAGGGCGGCCGAGUGCAACCUGCCGACCAUCGAUGGCGGCAUGUGCCACUCACUCAAUAGCCCUAGGCCCGUCCUAGAAUCAGUUUCCACAUACUGAUGAAGUUCUGUCAUCUCAUGUAGUAGUUUCAUAUAAAUAUAUACAGAGAAUAAGCUAGCGUUGCAUGCGAAUGCAUCGUCGAAUGAUCUGUAUCUUUAUGUAUGUACUGCGUGAGAACUAUGCACUGAAUGGACAAUAAAUAUAAGCUUGAUCAAGUGAUGA